GAUAAGCAGUUUCUGAGGACUGAAGUACCUGCCCAGGGAACACCUGCUUGUGAGGCAUGGCUGACCUGGACCACAACCUGAGCCUGGCCGACGCGCUGACGGAGCCGCCCCACGACGUCGAGGACGAGGUCAAACGGGAUUUCAUCGCCACGCUGGAGGCCGAGAAAUUCGAUGACGUGGUUGGAGAGACGGUGGAUAAGACAGACUAUGUGCCACUGCUGGAUGAUGAGGAUGAUGCAAAGCCUGGGAGCCAGGAACCCAAAAGCAAAAGCCACGUGGAUGGGAUUCCCGUGGAACAUUCCUCAGCCUCUGGGCCGAUGGUGGUGGAGAACGGCGAGCACGGGCUGCAGGGUCACGGCACAGAAGCCUAGACUGUCUCCUAACACUGGGGCUGCCACUGACGCGAGACCAGUGUCCUUUUCUACCUGCCAUUCCACUUGUAAAACCUGCAGCAUUUUACAGAGCUCUUGCUUUACCUCCUUGGACUUGGCUGUAGAAGAAGCCAAAGGUGGCUCCAUCCUGCUCCUCCUCCCUGUGCUCUGCAGUGCUUGUUGAAACCUUCCUCUCUCUGUGUAAGCACCAAAGUGCGCCCUCCUUUUUCAACUGCACUAUGCCAACGGGUUUGAAAUCACCACCUCAGCUCCAUUUUUAGUUUGAUCACCUUUAAAUUUGAUUUCUCUCCGUUUUCAUGGUGCUCCAUAAGCAAUUUCCAUAAGUGGAUGGGUCCACCAUGACUUCAGCUCCCUUGCCCUUCUCCCCACGCUCACCACAGCCUUCUGGAGAGCCUGCCUUCAUCCUUGCUGCUUUGAAACCCUCUCACACCAGGUUCUGAUCUGUAACAGUGUUGUUUUCUUCCAAACCCCCGGCCUCAGAUCAUUUUAGCACUUUGCAGACUCCAGAAGCAGAUUAGGGAAAAGCAAAUUUCCUGAGGUACGGGUGGAUCUGCUCUGGUGUGUGAGGGGUGGAUUUUGGGGUCCAAGCACUUGUCAUAACUGGGAGUAUGAAAGAAAAAAGCCAGCCCCAAAUUCCUGCCUUAGGGGGUGGCUUUGCUGUCAUACUCCUUCCCAAAAACCUUAGAAGUAAGAAAGAAAAUGGCCUUUUAUUUUUAUUUUUUAUUAACUUCUGGCUUCCUGUGGGGAAUGACAGCCUUGGCUGGAAUUUUACCUGCCAUGAGAAAUAAUCUGUCCCUGCUAAAAGCGAGGGGAACAAAAGGACUGAGUUGUGAAAUUGUACUGAAAUAAUCCUGACAAUUUCCAGCAGCACCAGAAGGAGCCAGGCCUGUUUUAACCUACAGGAGUCCGGAGGGAUUCCCAGGGCUCCAGAGGUGCAGAGCUUCCCAAAGACAAAAGUGCUCAUUUUCCCAUCAACAGAUGGAACAAAACAUGAAAGGAGGAGAUGAUCAGAGAGACAAUGCUGUAUUUUACCUGAGACAGGCUCAGCUUUGGGAGGUGAGGGGCUGUUUUGGGCGAGGAGAAUUGUGCUCUGGAGUUCAGGGUGCUCGGCCUGCAGCACCUGAUGGAAAGGAUUUAGCUGAACCCAAACGUAAUCUGAGGCUGAACUACCCAAAACGAGCCUGCUGAGAGCUUCACUUGCCUAAAAAUGUGAUUUUCCUGCUGUGAGGGGAGUGCUGGGCAGGCACCCACUGCUGCGCUCGGUGUCCUCGGGAUAUCGCGCCCGUGCUGUGCCAGGGCCACCAGGGCUGUGCCAGAGCCACCAGGGCCGUGCCAGGGCCACGCCAGGGCCACACC